GCCGGCACAACGCGCACGCGCGCGGAAUAGCACGUAUUUUAAAUUAACGUUUUUGUGUGUGUGUGAAAUGCUGUGUGUAUAGUUUGCAACAUGUUGGUGCUUUGCGUUGUUUUGUGCGUGCUUGCGCCGAUUCUAGCACAAGUGGAACGCCGCUGCGGGCACCCAGCAGUGCCGCCCAACGCCCGCGUGUCGUUACCGAGCGACGCGGCCAUAACCCCGGGCACCAUCGCAAAGUACGAGUGCGACGAUGGCUACGAGCUAUUCGGAGCGCGACAGAGGGAGUGCACGCUAAGGGGCGACUGGACUACUGAGCCUCCAUUUUGUGGCACGAACGUGGCAUUCAGGAAGCCAGCCAACCAAUCAACGACGGUCCGCGGCGGCGGAGCAGCCAAUGGGAACGACGGGGAGAAGACCACCGAGCAUGAUGGGAAACGGUGUACGGAGACGCAGCGUGAAGCCAGCCCGUGGUGGCAGGUGGAUCUGCUGAGGCAUUAUGCUGUUAAAGUCGUCAGGGUUACCACUAGAGGCUGCUGCGGUCAUCAACCGCUGCAAGACCUGGAGAUCAGAGUGGGCAACAGCAGCUCUGACCUGCAGAGAAACCCUCUCUGCGCCUGGUUCCCUGGUACCAUAGAGGAGGGAGUAACGAAGACGUUCACCUGCGCGCGCCCGCUGGUCGGCCAGCAUGUGUUCCUACAGCUGGUCGGGGUGGAGGGGUCGCUCUCGCUGUGCGAAGUUGAAGUCUUCACCACAGAAGAAUUCUCUAACGACCGGUGCGCGCCCGUCGGACUGCCCGACGAUGUGGAGCUGGCCGCGUUCUCCCGCAACUGCUACGAGUUCAACGUGGCCCGGGGCGGCAGCUUCGACGAGGCAAGACGGCAGUGCCAGACGCACGGCGGGGACCUCAUACACGGGUUCCAGGGAGCAACCUCCAGCUUCCUCAUCCAGGAGUUGGAGCGGCGCAAGGCGCAGCUGAAGACCCAGCUGGUGUGGAUCGGCGCGCAGAAGGAACCUGGGCUCACGUCCAGGACUUGGAAGUGGGUUGACGGCGAAGUGGUAUCCAAGCCGGCAUGGGGCAAAGACCAGCCGAAUAACUACAACGGGGAACAGAACUGCGUAGUGCUGGACGGCGGGCGCGCGUGGUUGUGGAACGACGUGGGGUGCAACCUGGACUACUUGCACUGGAUCUGCCAGUACAUGCCGCCGACUUGCGGCAGCCCGGACAAGCUGCUGAACACCACGAUAGAGGGAGACAGCUAUAAGGUGGGCGCCUCCAUCGCGUACCGCUGCCCCGAGGGCCACAUGCUGGUGGGAGACAACACUAGGGAGUGCAAGAAGGACGGAUUCUGGUCGGGCGCUGCGCCAAAUUGUAAAUACGUAAACUGCGGCGGUCUACCUUCAAUCCAAGAUGGAGACGUGACGCUCACCGACGGCCGCACCACGCACGGCGCGCGCGCCACCUACUCCUGCCGCGAAAACCACACUCUCGUCGGAGACGUGGAGAGAGUCUGCGGCGAUGAAGGCCUGUGGACCGGAUCUGCCCCGAAGUGCCUGUUCGACUGGUGCCCGGAGCCCCCGCCUGUGUCUGGUGCUGUUGUGACCGUUGGGGGGCACAAGGCGGGCUCGCUUGCGACUUACAGCUGUCAGAAUGGAUUCAUACUGUUUGGGCAGCCGAGCGUGACGUGCACCCUCGGCGGCUCGUGGUCGGGCACGCCGCCCUCCUGCAAGUACGUGGACUGCGGCACGCCCGCGCAGAUCCACGCAGGCUCCUUCCGGCUGCUCAACGGGACCACCACGUACGGCUCCGUGGCGGCGUUCGGGUGCGAGCCGGACUAUUGGCUGCAGGGUGCCGACACGCUGCAGUGCAACCGGGACGGCAAGUGGAGCCACGACAUACCCGCCUGCGAACUGAUAACGUGCGCGGACCCCGAAGUCCCGGCGGGCGGGUACAUGGAGGCCUACGACUACAACGUGCACUCCACCAUCGACUUCCACUGCGAGGCCGGGCACCUGCUGGCGGGCGAGCGGAGCCUCGUGUGCCAGCAGGACGGCGAGUGGUCGGGCGAGUCGCCCAAGUGCGAGUACGUGGACUGCGGCAAGCUGCCACCAUUGACGUACGGAGCAGCCGAGCUGCUGAACGGCACCACACAUCUCGGUAGCAUCAUACAGUACUCCUGCACGACGAACUUCCGCCUUGCGGGGCCUGUGCGCCGCGAGUGCGGCCCCGACCGCCAGUGGAGCGACGCGUCACCCAGGUGUGAAGAAAUCCGCUGCCCCGAGCCGAUAGUGGCCGAGAACAGCAUAGUUUCCGUAACCGGUAACGACCGGAUGCACGGCCGCACCAUGAUUCGAACCUCGACCUCCGUGAGCGCGGGCAACGGCAACACCUACCGUAUCGGCGCGCUGGUCAAAUACCGCUGCGAGAGGGGGUACAAGGUUGUUGGAGAGAGCCUGUCCACUUGUGAGGACAGCGGGCAGUGGAGCGGAUCCACGCCAAGGUGCCAAUAUGUGGACUGCGGCAACCCCAGCCGCCUGGAGAACGGCAAGGUGACACUAGCCACGAACGCGACCUACUACGGCGCCACCGCCCUUUACGAGUGCGACGAACACUGGCAGCUGGACGGCGUGUCUCGGAGACUGUGCCAGGACAAUGGCACGUGGAGCUCUGAGGCUCCCGUGUGCAAAGAAAUAAUUUGCCCAGACCCCUCGGAACAAAUCAAGGGUGGCGUCGGCCUCAAUGUCGAGACUUGGACUCGCAGCAUCGGUGGCGAGGCCCACUACCGUUGUGAGCGGGGCUACCGGCUCAAGGGUAACCAGAGCAGGACGUGUCUGCCUAAAGGAGCCUGGAGCGGGGUGCCGCCAUCUUGCGCACCCAUCGACUGCCACCCGCCCGGCUCGAUCGACAACGGGCGCGUCAUCAUAGCGAACGGCUCCACCCUCUUCGGCAGCUCCAUCGAGUACCACUGCCUCCCGCAGUUCCAGCGCGUGGGGCCCUUCCUCCGCAAGUGCAUGGACGACGGCCAUUGGUCCGGCGACGAGCCCAGCUGCGAGAUAGCCAUCAACGAGGCGGCUGAGACGAGCACGCUGCCGCUGAGGGUCGGGAUUGGCUGCGGCGUCGUGCUGUUCUUGCUGGUGCUGCUGGGAGCUAUUUACUUGAUACUUCGAAAAUCAACACCAGUGAAGAACACCGAGAACAUAGAGGGCGCUGAACGCAAGGAGGACCAGAACGCAGCAGUCAUGAGCUACGCCACGCUGCACGACAGCAACGGGCGCCACAUCUACGACCACGUCAGCGACAACGUGUACGACUCGCCGUACAGCGACCACCUGGCCGACAACGCGGCGUACGGCCGACGAAGCGACACCGACUCCGCGUACGAACCGGAGCCGACCGGACCGAAUGCGGUCGUCACUAUAAACGGGGUCGCGGUCCGCUAAUAUGCU